GAGAGAGGGAGGAAAGCCGAAAUUCUCUCAGGUGCUUUCACUAUUCAUGAAAUAAUCUUGGCUUUAUCCGUGCGUUGCGAGUUUCACCACUUCCCCACCCCCCAGUGGGACUUCAGGUGCUUAACCUCCCUCCUGCCAGUUCUGCAUGGUCAUGACCUGUCAUCACGCCCCUUCCACAGCCCACCUCAUCCUAUUGGUCCUGCUCAUUGUCAUUCCACAGUUAGCUGGCACCGCCCCUGUGUGGGGUGAGGCAGGGGAGGGUGGGGUGGAGGGGCGCACCCGGACAGAUCGUAAAGAGGACAACCUUGCCCCCUUUCACUCGCCCCAGCCCCAGAGCCUCUCCAGCCCUGACAACGUGUCCCUAGACUGGGGUCGGGGCCCGGGUCAAGACAGCCAAUUAGAUAAAGUGACAGACCCUGCGCAGGUGCUUGCGGUUCUGCUUGAGGCCCUGGACCACCUGGGGGACAGUGAAAAACAGGCUAGCAAAAACAGAGACUGGGAAGGGGAUCGGAGUCCGGAGCUGCCCUCUGCUGAAGGCUCUGAGGGUGGUGAGAUAAGGAGAACAGAGCAGCCACAGGGAGAGAGGGGGGUGGAGGAGGAGAAGGAGGGGCGAGGGGCCGAUAAGGCUAUUGAACAGCUAAAUGUAGGCCAUUUGGCAGCUGCUCAGGGGGAUGACUUGAAGGAGAGGGAGGGGGAGGAGGAUGACAACACAAGGUCGGAGGAUCAAGGGUGGUCUGUGAAGAAUGUGGGAACAGAUAGCGUAAGGGAGGACAAAAAGAAAGAUGAAGGAGAGGGGCAGGAGGAGGGAAAUUACUCAGAAAGUUUCUUAGAUGAGGCCAUGCCAGGCUCCACCUCAGAGGGAGAUGACCCUUCCCUGCAGCGCAAAAUAAGAGGCUACUUCCAGAACAUUGACUUGGGUCUCCAAGAUAAUGAGAUCCUGCCUCCUCUGAAGGGCUACAAAGCAUACAACACUCAGUUAGCACGUGCAGGAAAGAAGCAGCACUGGCAGGAGAACCCGUCCCGCAACAGACCUGUGAAGGGGGGCAACUUCAUGGAUGACUUUGAGGAUGAAGGAGAGGAGCUGGAGGAGGAGGUUGAGGAAGAAGAGGAGAGCCUCUCCCACAUGGAGGAAGAGGCGAGAGCGCGGGCGGAGAAACAGGAGGUGCUCCGGCAGCAGGAGGAGGCCGAGCGAGCCAGAGAGGAAGAGCAGAGGCUGGCAGACAUCGCCUCUGACAUGUUGCUGCAGUACAUGGGGAGGAAGCAGCAGUCCUACAUGAAGCCCCGGCAGAAAAGCAGCAUGGGGGCCGCCGGCAACACGGCUGAGGACAAACGCUCAGAGGAGGUCCUUCCUGAUGAAGAUGACCUGGACCAGCAGAUGAUUGACAGGCUUAUUGAGAUCAGCAGCAAGCUGCACCUGCCUGCCGAUGAUGUGAUUGAGAUUAUUAGUGAUGUGGAGGAGAAGAAGAAAAAAAGGAAAGAGUUACAACAGCUGCCAACCAACAGCAACCCUGUUGCCCCACGCUUUAGGCCUCUGGUACCUCCUCCUCUGGUUGCCCCACCUGUUUAUCACUACACAGCCUCAAAAAACCCCAAGAAAGCCCCUUAUAGGUACAACAAGUCCAACAAGAAAUGGCACAAGGAUAAAGUCAAGUCAUACAAGCAGGACUAUUGGUAUAAGCCUCAGAAGCAGCUUGACUACUGGUAUAAGCCCCAGAAACAGUUUUUAGCCUUCCCCUCUUAUCCAUAUUACCAAAAGCCAUAUCGAGCAUACUACCCAGUUUAUUUCCCAUAUCCCAAACCACAAUAUUAUGGCAAGCCCGUCCCCUCCAGAGACCAGACCUUCGGCCCCCAGGAACUUGACCUCCAGGCCCCGAGACGCAGACACAGGGGUGGGGUUAAGAACCGCGGACAAGGCUGGAAGCAGCAGCCACCACCACGCCUGCCUCUUACCCCUUAUAUCUCUAACUAUAUCCUUCCUCACCCACGGACCUACCAACCCUUGCCCCCUCCCAAACCGAUAACCACACCCAGGAGAGGCAGGCGACCCCCCUACUACUAUCCACAAGUCACACCGGGAGAUGACUAUGAGGAAGAUGGGCUGGUGCCUCAGCUGGACAGUGAGGAGGAACUAGAAAACUUUAUUGAGAGGAUCUACAUGAAGCGCAGAAUGUAUUGAGAGACUUUUUUGGACACUGUCCGCUCAGAGGGACUCACAGAUGUGGGAUAGUUAUACAGUAGCGGGAGAAAAGCUAAAGCAGAGGUGGGGAAAAAAAAGAUUCAGAGAAGGUGUGUUUUGAGCCUGAUGAGAAAUUUCAGAAGUAAAAAGUUAGAUUUAUGUUGGUUUAAUCACUGUAUUUUUGUUGAUUUUCUCAGUCAGGGAGAGGAUGAAGGUGUCCUAGUUUAAGCUCCCUGUAACCAUGUUCAGCCUCUUGCUCAGUUUACAUUUUGAAACAGAACAUACCAUGGUGUAUGUCUGCCUCCAUUCAGGUCAAUCUCUGAUGUUCUUGCAUAUUUCAGAGAUCUAUAGAGGACACACGCAAACACACACACACACACACACACACACACACA